CUCUUGCUCGGAAGAAGCCUCCAAUGAAGAGUAUGCGGGGUGGUAUGCCGCCCCAUGAGGGCAGAGGGAUGCCACCACCACUCCAUGGAGGUCCAGGAGGCCCAGGAGGUCCUGGGGGACCCAUGGGUCUCAUGGGAGGCCAUGGAGGAGAUAGAGGAGGCUUCCCUCCCACAGGACUCCGGGGUUCUCGAAGGAACCCCUCCAGAGGAGGAAACGUCCAUCACCGAACUGGAGACUGGCAGUGUCCCAAUCCGGGUUGUGGAAACCAGAACUUCGCCUGGAGAACAAAGUGCAACCAGUGUGGUGAUCGUGGCAGAGGUGGCCCUGGUGGCAUGCGGGGAGGAAGAGGUGGCCUCGUGGAUUGUGGUGGUCCUGGUGGAAUGUUCAGAGGUGGCCAUGGUGGAGACAGAGGUGGCUUCCGUGGUGGCCGGGGCAUGGACCGAGGUGGCUUUGGUGGAGGAAGACGUGGUGGCCCUCGGGGACCCCCUGGACCUUUGAUGGAACAGAUGGGAGGAAGAAGAGGAGGACGUGGAGGACCUGGAAAAAUGGAUAAAGGCGAGCACCGUGAGGAGCGCAGAGAUCGGCCCUAUUAGAUGCAGAGACCCUGCAGAGCUGCAUUGACUACCAGAUUUAUUUUUUAAACCAGAAAAUGUUUUAAAUUUAUAAUUCCAUAUUUAUAAUGUUGGCCACAACAUUAUGAUUAUUCCUUGUCUGUAUUUUAGUAUUUUUCACCAUUUGUGAAGAAACAUUAAAACAAGUUAAAUGGUAGUGUGCGGAGUUUUUUUUUUUUCCUUCUUUUAAAAAUGGUUGUUUAAGACUUAACAAUGGGAACCCCUUGUGAGCAUGCUCAGUAUCAUUGUGGAGAACGAAAAGGGCCUCUAACUGUAACAAUGUUCAUGGUUGUGAGGUUUUUUUUUAAAUAAAAUUCCAAAUGUUUAUAAA